GGACCGGCUCCGCCCCAGCCAGGUAUCGCCGGUUCCCAGGUGCCCGUCGGACCUCCCGCAUUCCAGUGCCGCAGGCCUGUGCAGCGGGCCAGCAGCGAUGGAGGACGCCCCCGAGCGCACUCCCUCUUCCUCGGAGUCCACACAGCCUCCGGGCUUGGCCAGGGAGCCCGAGGUGGUAUCUCCCGGGGAUUCGGAGGGCUGCGCCCGGCCUCUAGACACGGUCCCUAAGAAACUCUGUGGGUAUUUAAGUAAGUUUGGCGGCAAAGGACCCAUCAAGGGCUGGAAAUGCCGCUGGUUCUUCUACGAUGAGAGGAAGUGCCACCUGUAUUAUUCGCGCACCGCGCAGGAUGCAAACCCCUUGGACAGCAUCGAUCUCUCCAGUGCGGUCUUUGACUGUAAGGCGGACGCUGAGGAGGAGGGCACUUUUGAAAUCAAGACUCCCAGCCGGGUUAUUACCCUCAAGGCUGCCACCAAGCAGGCCAUGCUCUACUGGCUACAGCAGCUGCAGAUGAAGCGCUGGGAGUUCCACAACAGCCCACCUGCACUUCCCGCCACCCCUGCUGCCGCCCUGGCUGAGAAUGGGCCCACCCUGCACCUCAAACUAGAGCAAGAGGAGGCCGAGCUGGAGGAGUUCCUGUGCCCUGUGAAAACACCCACUGGACUCGUGGGUGCGGCAGCUGCCUUACAGCCUGUCCCUGCCGUGCCCUCAGCCCUUCAGAACAUCUCCCUAAAGCAUCUGGGCACUGAAAUACAAAACACCAUGCACAACAUCCGUGGCAACAAGCAGGCCCAAGCGGCAGCCCACGGGCCACUCGUGGAAGACUCGCCUCAGGGUGGAGAGCCUCAAAGCGGGGAACAGCCCUCGAUCUCUGACCCCAGCCUUCCAGAAAAAGAGCCAGAGGAUCCUGCCAAGUCUGCACCCAGGUCCUCUGUGCCCUCAGGUCCCACGCAGAAACCCAAGCGGCAAAGCAACACCUUCCCAUUCUUUUCCGAUGGACUGGCUCGGAGCCGCACAGCCCAGGAGAAGGUGGCGGCCUUGGAGCAGCAGGUGCUGAUGCUCACCAAAGAGCUCAAGUCACAGAAGGAGCUGGUGAUCAUCCUACACAAGGCCCUGGAGGCUGCCCAGCAGGAGAAGCGAGCCUCCAGUGCCUACCUGGCAGCCACCGAGGACAGAGACCGGUUGGAGCUGGUCCGGCACAAGGUGCGGCAGAUCGCUGAGCUGAACCAGAGGGUGGAGGCUCUGGAGCAGGGCCGCGAGCGCCUGGCGCAUGAGGCCGGCCUGCGGGAGCAGCAGGUGCAGGCGCUCCAGCAGCACGUGCAGCUGCUCAUGGAUAAGAACCAUGCCAAGCAACAGGUCAUCUGCAAGCUCACCCAGAAGCUCACGGAGGACCUUGCCCAGCCCGCCGACGCUACCAACGGCGACUUCCUGAGCCAGCAGGAGAGGAUGGAGCAUCUGAAGUUCUGAGCCAAGGAGAGUACUCAAGCUAUUGGAACUCAGACUGGAUGUGCACACCUGUGUAUCCCAGCUAUUCUAGAGGCUGAAGCAGGAGGAGGAACUAGGAACCAGCCCGGGACACGUGAUAGGACCAUCUCAAGAAAAGCAAAGGAGAGCCAUGCGUGGUGGAAUAUGCAUAUUGCCAAGACCUGCACAGCCUUGGGAUUGACCCAACAGGGACAACACGGGAAGGAAGGAAUGACAGACACACACAGAGGAGCUAGGCUGGGCUGGCCAGCGUGCGCCGAUGUACCAGUAGCGUGGGUUCAUUAUAUGCAGCCGCACCAGGGGAGAAUGACUCUCAGCAUUGGCAUCCCUGACGUGGUUCUGCUCAGGACUGCGUCCACGACUGCAUCCACUCCACACAGCCUCAGUCUUAGCACUUGGGAGAUGGAGGCAGGAGGGUCUGGAGUUCAAAGCUAGCUUCAGCUGUGUAGCAGAUACAAGACCAGCUUGGGAUACAUGAGACCGUGUCCAAACAAACACACAAAACCAGAAAGGCAAACAGAAAGGAAAAAGAAGGGGCUGGCAGUGGGCAGCGCCCGUCCUCGGAUGCCACCCAGGCUGGGUUUGAGUCCUCUGGUCAAAAGUAUGCAAAACCCUUGAGCAUCACACAGGCAUGUGUACAAAGUGAUGCUUAACAAGAAGCUAUGCACACAGCUGCAAACACCUGACGCUGUGUGCUGAUUUAAAAACAUCCAGGGCAGGUCGGGAGGCCAUGCCAUAUCCCAGAAUGAUGGAGGGGGAGGCAGGAUGCAGAGGAAUUCAAGGUCUUCGGCAGCAACUUAGUGCGCUGGAAGCCAGCCUGGACUACCAGAGGCUAAGAAUGGUCCAGCAAUGGCAGCCAUGUUGAACUCCAGGUCUAGGGUGCUCCCUACCACAUCUCGCUGGAGAAGUCUUUCACACCCCCUCUCUGUGUCAUUCGGGAAGGAAGUUUUAGCAGUAGCUCCUUUAAGGGUGACUUCCCUAGAGCAGGAUGUUUGCGGCACCACUGCUGACCCACCUUGCUCUUUUUCCAGGAUGACAUGGAAGCAUAUCGGACCCAGAACCGCUUCCUCAACUCUGAGAUCCACCAGGUCACCAAGAUCUGGAGGAAGGUGGCGGAGAAGGAGAAAGCCCUGCUGACCAAGUGCGCCUACCUGCAAGCCAGGAACUGCCAGGUAGAAAGCAAGUACCUGGCCGGGCUUCGGAGGCUGCAGGAGGCAGCAGGAGCCGAGGCUGGUGACUUCCCUGAGCUGCUGCAGCAGCUGAUCCAGGAGGCCCUGCAGUGGGAAGCCGGAGAGGCGGACAGCGUGGGGCUGAGCCCCGUCAGCGAGUACGACGACUAUGGCUUCCUGACGGUGCCAGACUACGAGAUGGAAGACCUAAAACUGCUAGCCAAGAUCCAGGCCUUGGAGGUGCGCUCCCACCACCUGCUGGCCCACGAGGCUGUGGAGAGGCCACUACGGGACCGCUGGGCUACCCUGACGGAGCUCACGCCCUCAGCUGAGCUCAAGCAGCUGCUUCGGGCAGGGGUGCCCCGAGAGCACCGUCCCCGAGUCUGGAGGUGGCUGGUCCACCGCCGUGUCAGGCACCUGCAGGCUCCCGGCUGCUACCAAGAGCUUCUAGCCCGGGGCCGGGCAUGUGAGCAUCCUGCGGCUCGUCAGAUCGAGCUGGACCUCAACCGGACCUUCCCCACCAACAAGCACUUCACCUGCCCGACCUCCAGUUUCCCUGACAAGCUCCGUCGGGUGCUUCUGGCCUUCUCCUGGCAGAACCCCACCAUUGGCUACUGCCAAGGCCUGAACAGGCUGGCGGCCAUCGCCCUGUUGGUCCUAGAAGAUGAGGAGAGUGCCUUCUGGUGCCUGGUGGCCAUUGUGGAGACCAUACUGCCGGCUGAGUACUACAGCAAGACACUGACUGCAUCCCAGGUGGACCAGCGGGUGCUCCAGGACCUCCUCUCGGAGAAGCUGCCCCGACUGACUGCGCACCUGGGGCAGCACCGUGUAGACCUCUCUCUCAUCACUUUCAACUGGUUCCUCGUGGUCUUCGCCGACUCUCUCAUCAGUGACAUCCUCCUGCGGGUCUGGGAUGCCUUCCUGUAUGAAGGGACCAAGGUGGUGUUCCGAUAUGCUCUGGCCAUCUUCAAGUACAAUGAGGAAGCGAUCCUGCAACUCCAGGACAGCCUGGAGAUCUACCAGUACCUGCGUUUCUUCACCAAGACCAUCUGCGACAGCCGGAAGCUCAUGAGCAUAGCCUUCAAUGACAUGAACCCAUUUCCCAUGAAGCAACUGCGGCAGCUGCGGGCAGCCCACCGAGAGCGACUGGAGGCGGAGCUGCGCGAGCUAGAGCUGCUGAAAGUGGAGUACUUGCAGAGACGGGCAUCCCUGGGCAGAGCACCGCCAGAGGGCUGCGUCAGCGAGGACGAAGGAGAAGGCGACAGCUGACCGAGCCCUCUGUCCCCAAAGCCUUUCUCACCUUUGCUGGCAGGAAGAUAGAGUUCAGCCAUGGGCGGGAGGUGUGUGUGACCCUGGACCAGGCCUUUGCCCUCUCCAGGCCUUAGUCUCCCAGGCUUGCCAGCCUGUGUCACUGCCCCACAGAGCACUUUCACACACAGGACAGGAGGCAGGGAUACAUGCUGGGUCACCUGACCAGUCUCUGAGAGGCACCACCAUUUCCAUUCCGUUUGGAUUUCGUCUUCUGACCAGGUCUCGAGGAACUCAGGCUGACCUCAGACUCCAUGCAGGAUCCUCCUGUCAGAGCCAUGAUGACAUAAAGCAACAUCCUUGCAGUUGAUGGCGCUCCACCUUUAGGACAGAAGCCGUCUCAUUACCAGGGCUCCUCGGCACAAGUGUCAGGAAUGUUCCCGCUGGCACCCUCUGGCUCCAGGCCUUGGUCACCAUUAUGUGGCACCCCAAGUUCAAGGCCUGCAUUUUCAGGGCAUCUGUCUUUCCAGACAGUAGCCCCCCUGAGUUGCCACCUGGAUCUGUGUGUUGAGAUCGCCCUGCUCAUAGGGACUAUCUCUACAGCCUCAUGCCUAAAGCUUGCCUUCUGUUUACAGCCCACUGGGUCAUCCCAGGGGAGCCCCUGCCUGCUACCCUGAGGAACCUGAUGUGGACUGGACAGUGGACCUGGAGCAAGCAUCCACUCUGGCCUGCAUCUGGCCUGUGGGGCCAACAGGGUAGGCUUGGGAGGGGAGCAGGGCAGCAGCCCACUCGGCUCACCAGAGCCAGUUGGUAAGCAGCCUUACAUGGAGGGGACAUGGCUAGGUGAUGACCGGCUCUCCCAAAAGCCACCACCAAAAAGCCAAAAACAGGUUGAACUGUGGGCACAGGCUGCUGGAUAAACAGUGCCCUUUCUACUACUCCCCCACCAAGCCACAGCCCCCACCUCUCCUCUUCCUCAACUCUCCCUAGAGGAGAACUCUGCCAAGCACUUGCGCUUCUCCUUGGGGGACCAACGCAGCUUUCUUACCAAGCUGCACUGUGUUCCAGCAGUGCUGGGCCUUGUGUUCAGCUACUCUUGGAGCCAGGAGGCUUAACCCUGGGGGGUAAGUGUUCUGGGAUUAAUUGCCUCCUCCAGCCCUGAACGAGCAGGCCAAGCUCCAGUAACAGGACUCAGAGAACUUAGUGUAGUGUCACACAGAAGGGGAGGGCGGCUCUGGCCGUGACUGCCUGUGGGCAUACCCACAGGGUCAACUCUAGGAAAAGAAAAGGGGGAGUCAGGUGUGGGGUACACACUUCAGAUCCCAGCAGUUCCAACACUGGACUACACAGCCAAACAGUGUCUCAAAAACCAAAUAAAUAAGAGAAAAACGA